GAAUGUCACAUUUCAGUAUAUGAACCUGAAAUCAGCAUGCACAUUUCAGGCCACAUGGAACAUUCUUCAAGGAGUUCACGCGUCUUACAGAGGACACCUGACCUUUUGAAGUGUCAUAAUUCACAUCUAGAUGUCACCAGUCUUUCCCAUGUUAACAGUUCUGACUAUGUUUUAUUAUAUAUGCCUUCGACGCCGAGCUAGGACAGCUGCAAGAGGAGAAAUGAUGGACAGCCAUAGGACUAUAGAAUCAAAUAGCCGGACUUCCUCUCUCAAUGCAGAGGUGGUCCAAUAUGCCAAAGAAGUAUUAGAUUUCAGUUCCCAUUAUGGAGGUGAGAAUAGUAUGUCCUAUACCAUGUGGAAUUUGGCAGGUGUACCAAGUGUAUUCCCAAGUUCUGGUGACUUUACUCAGACAGCUGUGUUUCGAACCUAUGGAACAUGGUGGGAUCAGUGUCCUAGUGCUUCUUUACCAUUCAAGAGGACACCACCUAAUUUUCAGAGCCAGGACUAUGUGGAACUUACUUUUGAAGAACAGGUGUAUCCUACAGCUAUUCACAUUCUGGAAACCUACCAUCCUGGAGCAGUCAUUAGAAUUUUGGCUUGUUCUGCAAAUCCCUAUUCUCCAGGUCCACCAGCUGAAGUAAGAUGGGAGAUUCUGUGGUCAGAAAGACUUACGAAGGUGAAUGCUUCCCAGGCUCGCCAGUUUAAACCUUGUAUUAAGCAGAUAAAUUUUCCCACAAAUCUUAUACGACUGGAAGUAAAUAGUUCUCUUCUGGAUUAUUACACUGAAUUAGAUGCAGUUGUGCUACAUGGUAUGAAGGACAAGCCAAUGCUUUCUCUCAGUACUUCACUUAUUGACAUGAACGAUCUAGAAGAAGAUGACUAUGAAGAAAAUGAUGGUUGUGGAAUGGACAAUCUUAACCAAAAUUUUAGCAAUGCUGCCCUCAGGGAAGGGUCAAAUAAUGGAUAUUUUGAUAAACUACCCUGUGAGCUCAUUCAACUGAUUCUGAGUCAUCUUACACUACCAGACUUGUGUAGAUUGGCACAGACGUGCAAACUGCUGAACCAGCAUUGCUGUGAUCCUCUACAAUACAUCCAUCUCAAUCUGCAACCAUACUGGGCAAAACUGAAUGACACCUCUUUGGAAUUUCUACAGACUCGAUGUACUCUCAUCCAGUGGCUUAAUUUAUCUUGGACUGGCAAUAGGGGCUUUAUCUCUGUUGCAGGAUUUAGCAGGUUUCUGAAGGUUUGUGGAUCUGAAUUAGUACGACUUGAAUUAUCUUGCAGCCACUUCCUUAAUGAAACUUGCUUGGAAGUUAUUUCUGAGAUGUGUCCAAAUCUGCAGGACUUAAAUCUCUCAUCCUGUUAUAAACUACCACCUCAAGCUUUCAGCCACAUUGCCAAAUUAUGCAGCCUUAAACGACUUGUUCUCUAUCGAACAAAAAUAGAACAAACAGCACUGCUCAGCAUUUUGAACUUCUGUUCAGAGCUUCAGCACCUCAGUUUGGGCAGUUGUAUCAUGAUUGAAGACUGUGAUGUGAUAGCUAGCAUGAUAGGAGCCAAGUGUAAAAAACUCCGGACCCUGGAUCUGUGGAGAUGUAAGAGUUUUACUGAGAAUGGAAUAGCAGAACUGGCUUCUGGGUGUCCACUUCUGGAAGAACUUGACCUUGGCUGGUGCUCCACUCUGCAGAGCAGCACCGGGUGCUUCAUCAGACUAGCACGCCAGCUCCCAAACUUGCAGAAACUCUUUCUUACAGCUAACAGGUCUGUAUGUGACACAGACAUUGAAGAACUGGCAAGUAAUUGUACCAGAUUACAGCAACUGGACAUAUUAGGAACGAGAAUGGUAAGUCUGGCAUCCUUAAGAAGACUCCUGGAAUCUUGUAAAGAUCUUUCCUUACUUGAUGUGUCCUUCUGUUCACAGAUUGAUAACAGAGCUGUGCUAGAACUGAAUGCAAGCUUUCCAAAAGUGUACAUAAAAAAGAGCUUUACUCAGUGACUUAGUAUAUAUUCUGUAAUAAAAUUCAUGUCCCUUGGUAGGGUUUUUUGGGGGGAUGGUUUUGUUUAAUUUUUAUAAUGGUGAGAAUUAAGACAUUUGUAGAUUUGAAAGAAAUAUGUGAAAUUGUCCAUUAAAACAUGAAAAAAUGUAAGCAAAUGUUUUCACAAAAUAUUGCAAGCACUUUUCUUCAAGAAUAUGUGAGUGGUUGAUAUUCUUUUUAACUUAUGUUAACCAUUGCUGUUAUGCUUUAGUCAAUAAUUAUAUGAUUAAUAAAAUAAUAAUACAGAAAAAUUGUAACUUAUCUUUAAAGGAAUACUUUGAGCAAUAAAGUGUCAUGAUGUUUAUGCAAAAAUAAAGUUUAUUUUUCACAUUUCCA